AUGAGUUGCAUCACUUCUACUAAGAUUUUUAUUUUGUUCAAUGAAGGGGUGUUGGAGGCUUUUAAUCCCUCAAGAGGGCUAAGGCAAGGGGACCCAAUAUCGCCGUAUUUGUUUAUUUUGUGCAUAGAGUACCUAGGACAUUUAAUAGAAAAGAAGUGCAUGGAGGGAGUGUGGAAACCUUUGAAAGCUUCCAGGGAUAAUAUAGGAAUUUCUCAUCUAUUUUUCACGAACGAUUUAAUACUUUUUGCUAAAGUGGAUAAGGAUUCCUGUGAAGCUAUUUCGAAAGUGUUAAAUGAGUUUUGUGAAGAAUCGGGUCAAAAGGUGAGCAUGGACAAGUCAAGAGUUUACUUUUCUCCCAAUGUCCAAGCUGAAAUCAGAAGUGUAACCUGUGCAAGGCUGGGAAUUCAAGCCAUGGAUAAUAUUGGGAAUUACCUUGGGUUUUCGAUUAACCAAAAAGGGGUUGCAAGGAAUAUGUUGAACUUCAUUGCGAAGAGGGUGAUGAGUAAACUUUCUAGAUGGAAAGCAAGGUUCUUAUCCUUUACAGGGAGGUCCGUGCUGGUGAAAUCUGUUAUGUCAUCAAUACCUAAUUAUGUGAUGCAAGCCACUGCCCUAACUGCCCACCUUUGUGAGAAAUUAGAUAAAAUAAAUAGCGAUUUCUUGUGGGGUUCAACUAGUGAGAAGAGAAGGCUGCAUUUGGUUGGUUGGAGCAAGAUCAUUAGGCCUAAGGAAGAGGGAUGGCUUGGGAUUCAGGUGACUAGAGCUAAGAACUUGGCUUUAUUAGCCAAACUAAACUGGAGAAUGAAUCAGGAAAAGGAUAGUCUAUGGGUGCAAGUGAUUUUAAGAAAGUAUUGCUCGGUGGAUAAAAGGAGAGCAGGAGACUCAGAUAAGCCCCCAGCCUCACCUAAUUGGAGAGCCAUCAAGGCAGGCUUCCAAACUUUUGCGGAUAGAAUAUGUUGGGGGGUUGGUGACAGAGAAAGGAUUAAGCUUUGGUCGAAUUGCUGGAUAAGGGGAAGUUCCUUAAGAGAGUUGAUUGAUGGCCCUUUGACACAAAGGGAAAUUGAUUUGAAGCUGUCUGAUAUGUUCCUCGGGCUAGGACAGGUGUGGAAAUGGGAUGUUUUAUCAUUUGAGCUGCCUCUAAGCAUUAAGGAUAGGAUUAAAGCUAUCCCAAGGCAGUAG